AUGUCAACAUGGGCUGGAACAUCUAUAGUGCGCGUGACGAGCAAAUCAACAUUUAUUAAUACAUUGACCAACUAUUUCAAGAAUGGGUCAUUCCCUGAUAAGAUCAAAGUAUCAAUCGAAACAAAGUAUCUUAAAUCAACUGAGGGAUUAGGACGCAAAGGACAUCGAGUCAGACCGAUGAAUGGAGGUGUAAACUAUGAGUUUAUCGACUCACCAGGUCUAUCCGAUACAAGAGGUGGACAGCAAGAUGAAAUCAACAUGACAAAGAUCCUCGAUGCCGUUUCAAAUCCUCCAUCUUUGUGUGCCAUCAUCAUCAUCAGUGGCAAAGACAGCAGAAAUGUGUUGACUCUUCGAAACGCCGUCACUCGUCUUCAAGGCUCCAUUCCCGACGUUGUCCUCCAGAACCUCGUCAUUGUAUUCACCAAGUGUCGUGCAGACAAUCGCAACUUUGACCAAAAGUCACUUGGCAAUCUUCAAACCAAGUCAAUCUUUUACAUGGAGAACUCUGCAUUCUCUACUGAUCCUGCCAACUGGACAAAGGGUGCAACCACGUUUCUCAAGCCCGAGUUUAAUCAAUCGAUGCACACUGUUGAAAAGUUACUAGGUAACAUUCAAAAAAAGGCUGGUGUAGCAACCCAAGCUUUUGCUGAUAUGAAAUCAAUGAGAUUCAAAAUUAAACAAACAGUUUCAUGA